AUGGCAUUCGAUGGUACUUGGAAGGUGGACCGCAAUGAGAACUAUGACAAAUUCAUGGAAAAAAUGGGCAUCAACAUGGUCAAAAGAAAGCUGGCGGCCCACGACAACUUGAAGAUAACCAUCACCCAAACCGGAAACAAGAUGACCGUCAAUGAGUCCAGCACCUUCCGAACCAUCGAGGUCGUGUUUGAACUGGGAGUCGACUUUGUGUACAGCAUGGCCGACGGGACGCAGCUCAACGGGAACUGGAACGUCGAAGGAAACAAGCUCGUCGGCAAAUUCAAACGAUUGGAUAAUGGAAAGGAACUGAACACCGUCCGAGAAAUCGUAGGGGAUGAACUGGUCCAGAGCUAUGAAUAUGAAGGUGUGGAAGCCAAAAGAAUCUUCAAAAGAGCUUGA